CUUAUCAUUUCAUUUAUUUUAAAUUCCAUAAAUUCCAUGUUUGUUUACCGGUUAUAAUAGACCAGUUCAGAAUAUAUGUUUUUGUUUGGCCAAAUUAUUCUAGCUAGUUCGGAAUAAUUUGCAUUAUCGUUACGUAGUAACUCAUGUUGAUCCUCGAGCUAGUUCGAUUUUUUUAUUGUUAUUAAGAUUACAAUAUCAAAUACAUUUAUACGUACUGCGGUAUGGUCAUCAGAGUACCAUAUGUGGAUUAUAUUUUGUAUCAUUUGCAUGUGCAAAGGAUGAUAGCAAGACUUUUCUUGAAAACUCACGAAACUUUUAAAGACGUAUAAUGGAAACGGUCCAAAAUAUCCUAGAAAAUAGCCAGCCAAUACUGGUCCUAAAGAAUUUCAAUAUUCCUUAAAGCAGAAAGAAUGUAAACAAAUCAAAUAAAAACAAAGUCAAGUCAACAAACGAGGGUCAAAAUAGUAAUAAAAUUCAAAUACAAAUCGAAACAGCUAGCUACCAUCAACAUUUGCAUUUAAAUAGAUGAUCAUACUCUUUUAGCAUUUCUGCUCUUGUCAACAGAAUAACCUGAGCCCUCUCGCACUCUCUCUUUCCACAAUCGCUCAUGCAGAUACUUACGCCUAACACCGACUUAUUCCACACACAACGUAAACUUUUUACAUGCAGUACCAUAACCUCGACGUUGAUCCCAACGAAGCCACUAUCCGUUUCUACGGCACGGAAAACAAAUAGAGAACAUCUCAGAAACCUUGAGAACGUUCUUAAAACCUCCUCAACCUCUACAGAUAAUCACGACAAUAAUGUAUCUUCUCGUCAAGUUAAGACGACAACGUCAACGUCGACGUUACUAGGAGGUUUGAGUUUGGCGAGAAUCUGGCCUCAUAUGAAAGCCGCCGUUGACGAAAUGUCUCCGAGGAAUCUAAAGCGGCUUCAAAGACUUCUCUCAAAAUCAUCGGAGGAGCGUUCGCCUAAGAAUAAACUCGGGUCUAACUGGCGAGAGCUACACGGGUCCAAUAACUGGGCCGGGUUGCUUGAUCCUCUAGACGAGAAUCUCCGGCGAGAGCUUGUCCGUUACGGUGAGUUUGUGCAGGCGUCUUAUCACGCGUUUCACUCGGACCCGGAAGGCUCGCCGAGAGACAUCGCGUUACCAGAUGGAUCAUUUAAAGCGACGAAGAGUCUUUACGCCACGUCAUCGGUUCGUUUACCUAAAUGGAUCGAUGACGUGGCUCCUGAUCUGAGGUGGAUGACUAAACCGACUAGCUGGGUUGGGUACGUGGCUGUCUGUGAUGAUCCGAGGGAGAUCCGACGGAUGGGGAGGAGAGAGAUCGUCAUCGCGCUACGAGGAACCGCCACGUUGCUCGAGUGGUCAGAGAAUUUCAGACCGAAUCUGGUUUCCAUGCCUGAGCCAAAACCCGAUCCAUCCGACCCGACCCGACCUAAAGUUGAAUGCGGGUUCAAUAGCCUCUACACGACCGCUAGCCAACACGCGCCGAGUCUCGCCGAGUCGCUGGUCGGAGAAAUCUGCCGGCUUGUGGAUCUCUACGCCGGAGAAGAGCUGAGCAUUAGCGUCACCGGACACAGCCUCGGUGCCGCCAUCGCUCUCCUCGCAGCCGACGAUAUCGCCGAGCGUGUCCCCAACGCGCCUCCGGUGUCGGUUUUCUCGUUCGGCGGGCCUCGUGUAGGGAACAGAGAGUUCGCUGACCGGCUAGUAUCCAAGGGAGUGAAAGUCCUCCGCGUUGUGAACAGCCAGGACGUGGUGACGAAAGUUCCAGGGAUAUUCUCCGACAACGAUAAUAACAAGCAGGGGCAGAAUCGUAUCAUGGAGAUGGUGGAGAGGAACAAUCCAUGGGCUUACUCGCACGUGGGAGCUGAGCUGCGCCUGGACAUGAAGAUGUCUCCGUACUUGAAACCUAACGCUGACGUGGCGUGCUGUCAUGACCUGGAGGCGUACUUGCACUUAGUCGACGGGUUUUUGGCUUCGAACUGUCCGUUUCGGGCAAACGCGAAAAGGAGUUUGAGGAAGCUGUUGGAUGAGCAACGGUCUAACGUCAAGGUUUUGUACACUGGAAAGUCUUUGAGACUCAACCGUGAUAGUAUUGUCGAUAAUGGAGAUGUUUUGCCUAGUCCGUCAUCGUGACCUCUGAAUUUUUCUUCGUAUUAUUAUUUAUUGUUUGGAUGGGAAAAAGCUAUUUAUUUUAUUUAUUAGCAGUCGCCAUUGGCCGAUGAUAAAAGUUGUGUAAUGUAAGACUUUUGGCGUUGUUUAAUUCUUCUACAAAGGCGUGAAGAUAAUUAAAAAUGUCCUUGCAUGGAAACGGAAAAAAUAAAAUGAGGGUGUUCGUUAUCAUUGUAUAUUUUUAAUGUUAACAAAAAUAUGCGUAGCCAUGUCUGACAAACACACAGUUACAAAAACAAAAAAAAAAUGUAUGUCAAAACAUCAAGCUAUACCGUCUUAUAGGAGAAAUGUCAUUUCGUCAUUGAUAGCCUUCAAAAGAAGAAGAAAAGAAAACAAGAGUACUUUUGACGGGAUGCACGUUUUAUUAUAUUCUGUAUAACCGGACAUACUGUUAGUUUAGUAAUCCAAAACGUAAUUUAUCAUAAAAAAAAAUUCAUAAUUCGAAACUUUUUCUUAUUAUUUUAUUUUGCAUUUCCUAUAGUGCAUAUUAUGCAUCC